AUCGAACCGGUGCGGGGUUUCCCUCACCACUACAGUGACAGUCAGAUACUCUAUGGAUGGUAAGUCUGAGCAUGCGCGGGGACUAUGAAAAAUUAUUAGUACAUAUUAUUUGCUAUUAUUUUACGGUGGAUAAAUCAGUCGAGGUGAAUACAUUGACUUACAAGGAUGAUUGGCAUACGUGACUGUUUAUGCGACAUUGUGGCCCUAACAGGAUGAUUCCACUUUGUGUUCACGUACAUCGUAAUUCGGCCAUAUCUUCAAUCGUGUAUCCAGCAAAUCCUCAUUGCCUGAUUUGGACGAACCAGCAACCCCACAUCUUUCACGAAACCCUCGCAGCAGUCUUUUGCAAACACGCAAAGAGCAGGAAUACAAGAGAAACUAUGGGUCAAGUAUUAUGACAGACUAAUGACCUAGCAUAUAUUCAACU